AUGGUUGGGAAUUAUCAUGCGAAGCUAGAGAACGUGGAGAUGGUUGCGGCUAAGAGGAAUUUCAUAAAAUCACAGAACGUUGAGGUGAUCUUGUAUGAGGAAUUUUGGACAUCGCAGUUGACAGUACUAGAAGCAGUGGUGAUAUGUAACAACACGGAUGAAAUAAACUCUAUUCUCAAAGCCUUACACUCUCAGUUUGCACUAAAACAAUUAGGCCAAGUGUCUCUGUUUCUCGGAAUUCAAGUGCUCCGGAAUGGAGCUAACUUCUUCCUCAACCAAUCUCACUACGCUUCUAAACUGCUUCGGGACUCCGGGUUUGAACAUUGCAAAGCGGCUUCGACUCCUCUGGCACCUUCCCACAAGCUGACGCCGGAUCUCACUCCUUUCUCUGAUCCCUAUCUCUAUCGUCGCCUCGCGGGAUCGCUACAAUAUCUUUCUAUUACACAGCCAGACAUUGCCUAUGCUACAAACCGGGUAUGUCAACAGAUGCAACACCCCACUGUUCAAGACUUUCAAUCCCUUAAGCGCCUCCUCUGCUACAUAAAAGGGACUCUCUCCUUCGGUCUCCCCAUCCACACCGGUCCUCUCCAGCUACAGAAUUAUACCGAUGCAGAUUGGGCUUCUGACGCGCAGGAUCGGAAGUCUAUUUCGGGCUACUGCACCUUUCUUGGUCCCAACUUGAUCACUUGGACUGUCAAGAAGCAAGUCACAGUUGCCAAGUCCUCGACUGAAGCUGAAUAUCGUGCUCUCUCAGCAGCCACCUCCGAGGCUAUCUAG